UGAAACAUGAAAGGAGUAACAAUGAAACUAAAUUAUAAUCUAUUAAUAAUAAAAAUAUUUUUACUGUUAUCUUUGACAAGUGUUUUGUGCGAAAAUGUCACGGAGUUCGAUAAGUUGUGCAAAAGUAGGAUGUGUUUACACAAGUGCUGUCCAAAAGGAACGUUUGUUCUUGGAAAUCUGCCUUCUGAAAAGCAGUGCAGGUAUCCAAAAACCACAGGAUUUGUGACUAAAGCCUACGAUUUCUCGGAUAUUCCUCUCUACCAUAGGAAUUUGACCAGAUCUGGAAGGACUCUUGGUCAAGUUUAUACUCUGAUACCAGGAAUCAUGCUGAAUGAUCAAUUUAAUGCAGAAUCAUACGAUUAUUCUGCGAUUCAUUUUCUUUACAUGACUGAGGAAGGAUUACUUUACCAAGAAGCACCAAACAGACUUAUCAGGUGGCAUGAACUGAAUAGAGAUGAAUUUUGCGUAGAUUACCGACUAAUGGACGAUGGUAAAGUGGGACAACCUAGGUUCUGGACUGUUUUGAAAGCUACCGGAAUAACUGGAGCCGAUUCACACGAUGUCAUGUUUUACAUCAUCGGCAUGUUCAUCUCCUGUGUGUUCUUAAUGGUGGUGCUGGUGGUCUACGCCCUACUCCCGGAGCUGCACACGCUGAGCGGGAUGAUCCUCAUGGCGUACGUGUCCAGCCUGCUGAUGGCCUUCCUUCUCCUGGGAAUUAUACAGCUGCAGCAGUUCAGCGAGAACGUCUGCUUUGGAUUGGCAUAUUCAACGUAUUUCUUCUUGAUGGCCAGCUUUUGUUGGAUGACUAUAAUGUCUUACGACCUUUGGUGCCUAAACUGUCACUGCGGCCGUAUCACCUCCAAAAUCAAGGCCCGAAGGAAGUUCAGAAACUACUGUUUAAGUGCAUGGGGCGUUGCUGCUGGUUUGACCAUCUUUCUGAUCAUCACAAACCACAUUUCCAUGCCGAAUUUGCGUUGGUUCGUCACUCCCAACAUUCCAAACCAAGGCUGUUUCAUUGCUGGCGACGAGAAACUCCUCUACUUAUACAUUCCGAUACUUGUACUCACCCUGACAAAUUGGGUGUUCUUCCUACUCACGUCGUUCAGUCUUUGGCGAGAUUACCAAUCAUCAAGCAUGCUGGAUAAAGCUGACGGUGUCCGGAAAGACCAUCGGAAGUGGAAGAACAGGUUCUUGAUGUACUUGAAACUCUCCAUCCUUAUGGGCAUUAACUGGGUCUUAGAAGUCGUCAGUUCCUUCUACCCUACCUCCAAGAUCUUCUACAUCUCCGACUUCUACAAUGUACUCGUGGGAUUGAGCAUUUUUCUCAUCUUCAUCUGCAACAGAAAGACUAUCAGUAAACUGAAGAAGAGAAUCCAAUGGGACGAGGAUCAUAGUCCGACUAUGAAGAGAACUUAUACCAAUCAGUCUUUAAACAUGAUUUGAGAAUAACUUCUCCUUCUAACUCAUAUUUUUGCUAGGUAUAGCUACAUGUAGCAAAUUAAGCCGUUGCUACCGAGUAGUACCGAGCUACUAACCCAAAUGCUCCACCAACCGGCAGUAGAGCUGCGUGGUAGAGUAUGCUCUAUACCCCCUCCGGUUGAUUGAGAGGAGAUCGCUGUAAGUAAGAACCUUGUUUAUAUAUAGUACGUAUAGUAUGCGUCCCACUGCAUAUUCCACCACACUGCUACACUGCGGGUAUGGUAGAUGUUCUUUGUUAAACGGCUAAUACGGCCGACCUGAAAACUUACUUAAACAAAAAAGAUUGCCAAAGUUUAAUAUUAUACUUAGAGUUAAUUUUAUUAGAUGUUUAAGUAAUAACAUUAAUUGAAGGCUAAGAUGAUACAUUUGCUUAUCAGUACAAAAUAGAUUUAGGUAUAGUUAGGUAGGGCAAAAUAAAAGAAAAAGGUUUUCGUAUCAAUAAUCAUGUCGUUUAUUGUAAUUUUAUGUAAAAUUAAAAUGUAAAAAAAAUACAUCAUAAAGAUCAAUUCAUUAAUCAUCAAAAUAAUAAUCAUAAUAUUUAUAUCCUUAUUUAUAUUUAAUUAUAAUUACAAUAUUUAUAUAAUGCUUAUUAUUUAUUUACUUAAGUAAUAAAUCAGUAAUCAGGAUUGGUGGUGCCAUCUGAGGUGAAUAACCCUGAAUAUUGUAGUUAAUAUGGAUAUGACCACGAUGUUUUUGAAAUUGCGAGUUUAUGUAGUAUUAGAUUCUUCUUGAAUUACUUAAAUAAAAAUAAACUGUUUGAGAUAUCAUAAGUACAAACCUAGGGAGUUAAAAUGGCCAUAUCGAAGCAAUUCAUCUAAAAAAGCAAUAUUGAAAUUUUGACAUUUGCGCAUAUAAAAGUAAGUGCGCAGUGCAAGCAAAUGUCAAACAGCAAUAUUGCUGUUUGACAUUUGCUUGCAGUGAAUCAGUGAUCAGGAUUGGUGGUGCCAUCUGAGGUGAAUAACCCUGAAUAUUGUAGUUAAUAUGGAUAUGACCACGAUGUUUUUGAAAUUGCGAGUUUAUGUAGUAUUAGAUUCCUCUUGAAUUACUUAAAUAAAAAUAAACUGUUUGAGAUAUCAUAAGUACAAACCUAGGGAGUUAAAAUGGCCAUAUCGAAGCAAUUCAUCUAAAAAAGCAAUAUUGAAAUUUUGACAUUUGCGCAUAUAAAAGUAAGUGCGCAAUGCAAGCGAAUGUCAAAUAGUAAUAUUGCUUUCUUAGAUGAAUUGCUUCGUGUUGGCCAUUUUAACCGCCCAGCUAAUAUUAUAAAUAUGAAAGUUU